AUGGGUAACAAAGGUGCAAAACUUCAUGUGAAAUCAAAGACAAAGUACGAGGUUGUGCUCUAUGCCAAGUCCUUCGCUUAUGCACCUAAGAAACCUUACGGAGAAUGCCGCAAACCAGCUCCUUACCAUCCUCCUUACUACUACAAAUCUCCACCACCACCAUCUCCGGUUUACUACUACAAGUCACCACCACCACCGACUCCUACCUAUGUCUACAAAUUUCCACCACCACCAACUCCGACUUACGUCUACAAGUCACCGCCUCCUCCUCCAACCCCAACAUAUGUUUACAAGUCUCCUCCACCACCAACCCCAACUUACGUCUACAAAUCACCACCACCACCGACCCCAACUUACGUCUACAAGUCGCCUCCUCCACCUACCCCAACUUACGUCUACAAAUCACCACCACCACCAACUCCAACUUACGUCUACAAGUCGCCUCCUCCACCUACCCCAACUUAUAUUUACAAAUCACCACCACCACCGACUCCGACAUAUGUUUACAAGUCUCCACCGCCGCCAACUCCGACAUAUGUUUAGAAGUCUCCACCGCCACCAACUCCAACUUAUGUUUACAAGUCGCCACCUCCACCAACCCCUACAUAUAUCUAUAAGUCACCACCUCCACCUACUCCGACCUACGUCUACAAGUCACCACCACCUCCAACUCACACUCCUACACCGUAUUACUACCAUUCUCCACCACCACCGGUAAAGUCUCCUCCACCUCCGUAUUACUACCAUUCACCACCACCACCAGUUAAAUCCCCACCACCACCAUACUACUAUCACUCACCACCUCCGCCGGUCAAGUCUCCUCCACCACCAUAUUACUACCAUUCACCACCCCCUCCCGUGAAAUCCUCCCCACCUUACUACUACCAUUCGCCACCCCCUCCAGUGAAGUCUCCUCCUCCACCUCACUACUAUCACUCCCCACCUCCUCCAGUGAAAUCACCACCACCACCAUAUUACUACCAUUCUCCGCCACCUCCCGUGAAAUCUCCACCACCACCAUACUAUUACCACUCACCACCCCCUCCAGUAAAAUCACCCCCACCACCAUAUUACUAUCACUCCCCACCUCCUCCAGUGAAAUCCCCACCACCACCAUACUACUAUCACUCUCCACCACCACCGGUGAAAUCCCCACCACCACCAUAUUAUUACCAUUCACCACCUCCUCCAGUCAAAUCCCCACCACCACCAUACUACUAUCACUCACCACCUCCACCGGUGAAAUCUCCACCACCACCAUAUUAUUACCAUUCCCCACCUCCUCCGGUGAAAUCUCCUCCUCCACCAUACUAUUAUCACUCACCUCCUCCACCAGUGAAAUCUCCUCCGCCACCAUACUACUACCAUUCACCACCUCCACCCGUGAAAUCUCCUCCGCCACCAUACUACUACCAUUCACCACCUCCUCCGGUGAAAUCUCCACCUCCACCAUACUACUACCAUUCACCUCCUCCUCCGGUGAAAUCACCACCACCACCAUACUACUACCAUUCACCUCCUCCCGUGAAAUCUCCACCACCACCAUACUACUACCAUUCACCUCCUCCUCCCGUGAAAUCUCCACCACCACCAUAUUACUACCACUCACCUCCCCCUCCAGUCAAAUCUCCACCACCACCAUAUUACUACCAUUCACCACCUCCUCCGGUGAAAUCUCCACCACCACCAUACUACUACAACUCUCCACCACCACCAGUAAAAUCUCCCCCACCUCCCGUCUACAUCUACGCUUCUCCCCCACCUCCUACCCAUUAUUAGGCUCGUCAAAUUCAACCAAAUUUCCUCAUUAUUCAAGUUUUCUUUUAAAAAAUCAAAUAAAGGAAGGGUCAAAUUCAAAGAUGAGAAGAAGUGAACCAAAUAAGGAUCGUUGCGUGGAAACCAGGAACAAGACAUCUCUAACAAUGAUCCACAUCACUUCCUCUUCUUCAGUUUCGCUCAUCUUCUACUUGUGCAUCAUUUUCUUCGUGUCUUCAUCAAGUCAAAUUGUUUCCAAGACCCCUUUAGAACGUAUCAUACUCUUCUUUGUUCCCUUUUGUUGUUAAGUCAAAGAAACCUGUUCCGUAAUUUAUUUGUUGUGCAUACAUUUUCUAUAUAUGUUUUUCAUUAAUGUAAUGUGAGAGAUUGGUUAGCAAAUAAAAAAAUGUUCAGUUUCUUCUUU